AUGACUCUGAGUCAGUUGGAUAUGACUCAGAGUCAGUUGGAUAUAACUCAGAGUCAGAACCUGUUUGAUAUGAAUCAGUUGGAUAUGACUCUGAUUUCAGGUUCCAGUUCCUCUUUUGGGGUGAUCCAGUCUCCACCCAGCAUCUCACUAAAUGAAGGCGGUCGUGUUCAGAUCUCCUGCUGCUGGAACAUCAGCAGCUCUGGAUUCAAAAUCAAAUGGUUUCAAUACAGCAGAGUUCUGAAUAAAACACACAUCAACACAACAAUACGUGACAACUGUUCCACGUUAUCUAUACCAAACGCUGCUGAAGAUGAUGCAGGAUUUUAUUAUUGUGAGGUGACAAAAGACAUUCCCAAACUGCUGAAGGUGAAUGGAACAGGAACCCAUGUGACAAUCCAGGGAACAAACGGCAGCUCCACCUGUACGACUCCGCCUGGUCCCACCGCAGGACCCCAGGAGGCCGGACCGCUCUUAGUACCCAUGCUGGGGUCCGUCACCGCCGCCGCCCUGCUGAUCUUAUCCAUCUGUGUGUGUGUGACUGUGUGGAUGAAAAUAAAGGGCUGCAAACAAACAGAGAGGAUGGUGAUCAGGGAAGGACCACCGAGUGAGGAGGAGAGUCCAGAACACCUGGAAGAGGAUGGGCAGAGUUCAGGAGGAUCCAGAGGAUCCACACAGUGGUACAUGGUUCCGGUGUACGAGUCCUACUUCGAUCUGCAGAGGAGCCGGGAUCAGCUGUCUGAAAAGCCAAACAUCGACUCAAGCAAACAUGCUAACACAGAUACAAAAACGCAGCAGUAAUCACGCUCAGGCUAGCAACAUACCUAAACGCUAAUGUCGCCGCGAGACCAGCGCAGUCUCCUCAAACCAGCUCUGGCUCUACGUGAUGUUCAUGAAACUGCUUUGCUCUGACAGACCGGAGAUAAACACUCUCAAGCUACUGACAUCGAUCAGUCUCUGCUGUGCUAUCAACUAGCCGGGCGCCCACACUCCAUUUGAACAGUCCCUUGCUGGUCGGUCGAAGCACCUACGCUAGCAGCGGUUAAUCCAAAAUUCCAAGACCUAAUUGAGACCUAAUUGCUGGCUGGUGAAAAGAAGUGGCCAGUGACUACACGCUAUAGCAACCACCCUCCUCAGCCAGCGUGAGGAAGCAAGGGCAGUGCUAGUCGACAAAUAGCUGCUAGCGAUGCCAGGAACGCAGUUUGUGCUAAUCCUGCACCGUUAAAUUGGUCUUGUGUAGCUGGAAGCAUUUGAGUACGUGUCUAGUCUUAGCUGAUACGCCUUAAGGUUCGAAUGCUAACACAGAUAAUAACAAACAACAGUAACAGAAUAGUCAGCAUAGUUUGGCUAGCAAAUGUGGCUUAGCAUGCGAAGUCAGAUAGCUGUUUGUUGUUAGAUUUGUUAGCAUUAGUUAGCUUAAAGUGUCAGUUUAAUUUUACAUGCUGACUAGAAGAUGCUACUGUUUUUCUACUGGCCACAUUAGCAGUGCUAAUAUACAUAUUGCUGGAAUACAGGCAUGCUUAAACUAACACAAUGCUAGCGUAGCUUGGCUAGCUAACGUAUUUAACAAUGCUAAGAUCGGCCGCUGUUUUGCUGUUAUUAUAAAAUAUAUAAAAAUAAAUUAUCUAAAGAUGUAACAUAGGUUAGUUUAGCAUUAGCAACUUUAGCUGUUGUUUGCCAAAAGUUGUAUUCACACUGCUUAGGAGUUUGCUAACAUAGCACAGUGAUGCUAAAAUGCUAACAACUCAUCAAUAAAAAAGUUUAAAAACA